CAACCAUCGCCGCGGGAGGGCGCUGCAGUCGCGCGGCAGUCCACGUGCAAUACUAGUUCCGUGUCAUUACGCCGUCGCUAGUCGCGCGUACGAGAAUUUACCCAAUCGUGUGUAAACGUUUAAGAUGUGACGAUAUAGGGAUUGUUUCGAAUGAAAUGGAUUACAAAGUGAGAAAAACAAAUGUAACAUUUGCGGGAAUCUACUGAAAGUUGGUAAUUAAGUGACAAAUAUGGAUGACAGUUCUCCAGACUUGUCGCUGAAGUUGCGACGGGGUUCAAGCGAUUCUAGAGAGUCGUUUUAUAUGGACUUCGCGCAGGGUAUCGACUCCGAUAUCGAAGAAGUGACCACUAUUGAGAGGAUAAUCCCUGAGCACCCUGGAGGGAGAGCAGAGGGAGACUCGGACACUCUUGCAACACCGUCUGGGCUUGAAGACAAGGAUUUGUCGCAAUGUUGCUUCUCAAUCCCCGCAAACAACAUGUCGGGCGGUUCCCACGUCUCAAGAGGGACAUUUGGGGCAGACUCCGAGAUGUCCGGGAGUAGCGCUGCGCCCCUCCCGAGCCCUGCGUCCGCGGGCGCUGCGUUAGUGUCUCCGGAGACCCUCAGCAGACACAGCAGCCCCCCACCGAUACCACUACAUCCUUCAUGCCAACCAGCUCCAUCGUGUUCGUCUCAUCGGGUGCAUAUGGAAUCACCCUUGAGAUUGCCGAGUCCACCGUCACUAGGAACAUCACUGUCUCUUCAACCGGUGCUGUUUGGACAGUCGGACGAUGGCACUCCAAGACCACCGUUACCACCUGCGAGAAGACAGUCGAGGUCGGCGACCACCAUACCGAGCUUGCAUGUCAUAAGCGCGAGUGAAGCGUUUGCGACCACACUGUCGGCACUGUACGGAAAACUGCUCGUCGUGAUGGGAAUCGCGUUCCCGAUGGCUGAGGUGAUCUCAACAUACAUACCACCAUCUUUUUAUGAGGGUUUCUACCUAUACCUGUAUAUUGGCAGCAUGGUGUUCCUGUUGUAUAUGUAUGCUGCACUUGUGAGGGGUCGCGCCCACUCUGCAGCCGACACUGGAGUCGUCGCCAAGUCAGAUAUAAGUUCCUCUCACUCGGAGUCGGAGUCCUGUUCAUCUCGCACCGACAGGAGUACCACAACAACACACCUUCCACCUCACUUGCUCGCGAAGCGACUCUCUCUGGGAUUCGCCCUGGCGACCAGGACUCACCACUAUGGCAGUUUCUACCUGAGGAUGGGAGCCGUUGCGUUCGGCAUCGGAUCUAUGAUAUAUUCCGGUUUGGAGUUCGGCCAGUACUGGGAACUCGAACGUAACACUAACUGUCACAAUGUACUACUGGCGCUGACCCCUGCUACGAGAAUGGCCUUCAUUUUUAUCCAAAUGUACUUCAUCUUUCUUAAUAAUGAGAUGAAAGUGUACAAACACAAGAUAGUAGCGAGGUUUGGCUUAAUGCACAUGAUCGGUACAAACCUGAGUGUCUGGCUUAACGUGCUAGUUCAGGAAACGAAGCACGAAAUUCUCACGUUUUAUGACCCGGAGAACAAAACCAUCGGACUCUCGCAUAGACUGGCGUUCCAGAAAGCUUUUGCAUCCAUGUCUACUGAAGUUCCUCCGUCUCAUCCAGCAGCGGCCCAUCUUCGAGUACCAAGAGGUCUGAAAGGUCCACAUCACAUUUUCGAAUGUCGACGUACGAAUAUCAUGGGCUCCUUAGUCCAAGAUGCAUCACCCUUCCUAUUUCCAUGCACCAUUGAAUAUUCACUAAUCUGUGCAGCAAUUUUGUACGUAAUGUGGAAAAAUAUCUCAAAAUAUCCAUCAAAGAAUGUUGCCGAAGCAAUUGCAAAGGCGAGGAUAUUAGAAGGAUUGGCGUAUAAAAAAUCACCACAUUUAUAUAGCGUAGACUGUGCCCGGGCUCAUAAAGGAUUAUUCUUUGGUAUUCUGGUACUAGUUCUUACAAUUAUAUCCCUAAUAUUGUUCUUCGUUUUGGUAUCGAAAAAGGAAUACGCCACGUUGGCUGUAGUUGAGGUAAAUGUUUGCGAAUUAGGACUUUAUGCGAUGACAACAAUAGCGAGUUUAGCUGGCAUGGUUUGUGUUCGAAAUCUUAAGUAUGACGGGAAUCGGAAUCUAGAGCUCGAUAACAUAUUACUGGUUGGAGCGCAAACUGGAAUGUUUAUCUAUGGAACAUUCACUAUAAUCGGCGGACACUUUACAAUCGAGAAGAAUACGAUACUAAUUUUAGUAACGGCUUUAUCGUCGCUCAUACAAACGACUUGCCAGACUAUGUUUAUCUUGGAUGCGAGUCGGCGAUCCGCAAAGACCCCGGAGCAGUUGCGAAAGAAACCAGGAAGGGAAAUAAUCACAUUCUUGUUGGUUACUAAUCUAGCGAUGUGGGCGAUAAAUACUCUGGAGAAAUCCAGGGCGGAAUCGCACCCGAUCCAACUGCACUUCUACGGCCUAUGGGCAUGGACGAUCAUAACUCACGUCUCUAUGCCACUUGCAAUAUUCUACAGAUUUCAUUCCACAGUAUGUCUGUGUGAGAUAUGGAAGCGGGCGUAUAAAAUGAAACCAGCUUAUAUGUAGCAAACAUCAAACAUUAAUAUUGUUCGCCCGAUCUAUUAUACUUUAUGCGAGACGCAUUAUUGAAGUAUGGAAUCAUAUAAUAAAAAUAUUAGUUCUAUAAGAAUAGUAGGAAUCGUUGUCAUCCUUAGAUUAAGGAUUGCUGGGAUCCAACUAGAUAAGAACAAUAGCUUUUUUUAUUACGGCAACUAUUAGAUGCUUGUGUGCGUGGCAUCUUGACGCUCAAUGGCACCUUUCAAAUUUUGUAACAUACGCUUUGUUAUUUUCAUUGAAAUUUAUAAAAUACAAAAUGCUUACUGAUGAAAUGUGAUCCCAGUGUCUUUCUUAUUUCUUGUAGUAUUACUUUGACAAAGUCUUACUACGCAAUCCGGCAUUUUAGUUUCAAUUAAAGCGACUACGCCUCCGGUAUCUAAUUGGAACGUAGCGGAGAGCAAUCCUUAAUCUAAAUUGUCAUGCUUAUAUUUAUUUCUUAUCACGCCAGAAUAAGAAGUACUUGAGACAGAAAUAUAAAGAUAUGACAAAGUAUUCUUAGAUUAUAUUUUAAUGGCUUUGUCUUUUGUUAUCCAUCGAGUUUCAUUGAUCGGUAGAAAGUUUCAGGUGCACUCAUUGUUAAAUAGUUAACCGCUGUGUUAUGUUGUGCGUUUAGAAGUUUAAUGUGUUAUUUAUUUGUAGAUUUAAGGAAUGCUUUAACUAAAAUAAUACUCUGUUCAUUACAGUAUUUCACACUCAUUUUUAGACGGGUUAGAUACUUAGCGCUUAAUGUUGUUUAGAUGUUGAUUUUAGUUUGAUUGUCUAUGUUGUUGCACUCUUGGAUGAGCUCAUUUUCAUCAUGUUUCAUACACAUUUAGUAUAGAUCUAACUACAUAUUUAUAUAAGUGUAUUUCUACAUUCCACACUUCAUCAUCUACACUGCAUUUAUUCACUCAGUCGUAAUCAAAGGAAAUGUCUUCCAAUAGGUUAUAUUUUUAUUAAGAGAUCCAACUAAAGUAUAUAUUUAUGUUUUGUGACUUUGUUAGUCAAUGUUAAUAACUUUUGAAUGUAUUCACUUAUUUCAGUGUUUGGAUCUAUAGAUAUUAUAUUAACGAUCCAUAUAAAAAUCUCUCUUUAGAUUCAAUUUGUUUAGCUUACGAUCCAAAAAGUUGUAUGUUGAUAAUUAACGGCCGUUUCCAAUAACCUAUCUAUCCUUAGUUUAACUUACUAGACUUAGAAAAAUCUAUCCUUUUACGCUUACUUACAUUUCAAUAACCUUGACAGAUAGCAUUGGACUGUAACUAUAUUGGACUUAAAUAUGGAUAGAUAAGAUCUUGUCACUAAACGGUGACAGCAAUGUAUCCGUAACGGCCGUUCCCAAUAUUCAGUCUAUCUCUUACUUGAGAUAAAAAUCGUAACAAUCGUUCACUUUUCUGUCCCAAUAAACGUAUCGACGGUAACUCCCCUUAUCCGUAUACGCUGUCUGUCAAUGGGACGACGUAUAGCUUACCAGCGAUAGAAGUUUGUAUGGAAAUUGCAAUUCACGCAUCCCAAUAUAAUGCGAUAAGAAUGACUUAUCCCCAUAUUCCCAUAUUGGGACAGCCUCAGAUUAUUGACAGCUAAUUACUGACCGUAUGAUGUAGUAAUUUAUCUCUAUCUUUAGAUAGAAUAUUGGGAACGGCCGUAAGUUAAACUAAGGGUAGAUAGGUUAUUGAAAACGGCCGUAAGACAUUAUAUAAUACUUGCUGUCUGACUAGAAAGCAUUUGUUUUUGCUCAUAAAAACUUGUUAACAUUGACUGUUAAAGAUCGGUAGCAAGAUGACCUAUUUAUUUUAGCGAUUUUAAAAAUUUGGUAUUUUAUAACAAUGAUUUUAUACAUUUUUUGAAUAUCUUUUAAUGCUGAUUUUUAAGGUUUAUAAUACAAAAUUGUAUAAUGGUAGUUUUUGUACUUUGAAACUAUUGUAGCAAUAGAUUUAGAAUAUUAGAAGUAUGGAAUAUGGACCCAGUAGAUAAGCAAAGAGUAACACCAAAGUUUUAUAAAUAAUUGGUAGUUUUUUUGGAGCUUAUUUUUACCGAUAGUAGUUUGAGGCUACCAAUAGGGAUGUCGAAUAUUUUUUGAUAGAGUUAGGUGUUUUGUCCAAAGUGUCUGUAAAAAUAUCUGUGAAGAUGUGUUUUGUACGAUAGACAAACAAUUUAUAGUGACACCAAAUUGGAUGUUUUUCAUGAUAUUUCGUAUAACUUUUACAUUAGUAGAUUUUAAAAUGCAAAUCUAUUAUACAAAUAAUUCAAUGCUUAUUGCUCAAAAUCUUUGUAUGUAUUUUGAAGGCUUAUACAGACAUUAUCUUUAAAUUAUUAUCUACGAACAACUGGAAAAUUAAUAGAUUUUCUAAAUUUUUACGAUAUAAUACAGUACUUUAUAAAUGAUAUGCUAAAUGAAAGUCAAGCCAAAUUACAUAGGCACUUAGACCCGAUUUCACAAUGACUUCAAUCUGAGUUCAAUAAAACUCAGUUUUACGUAAACGAGUUCAACACCAGUUUUGAUCUCGAUUAAACAUAACGCAAUUUCAGCAAUACCUUUUGUGCGUGUUGACGUAAGCUGUGGUGACAUGUCAUAAACAAUACAAUGUGUCAAGAAUAAGCCAUCUGUCGUCGAUAAUUAUGAACAAAUUUAAAAUUGUUAAAUGUCAAUGUAUCUAUUACGACACCGACCGUGACAGCUCUUGAACACGAUCAAAUAUGUUGAACGUCCUAAAUUCGGCGGUCAGCAUUUAAACGCGUUUAGGGAAUAACUGCGUUUAGUUUGUGAUGAUGAAAUCAGUACUGAAUCUGUAAAAUCGUUUACAGGCGUAAACUUAGUUCAAAGUGCGUUUUACUUCAAUGGUGGAAUCGGGCCUUAGCGUCUUAGGAAAUAUUAUUAAGAUAUGCAACAUUAAAUUAAUAUUAUUAGUUUUGAAUUGCAAUUUUGGUUCCUAUUUUUCAGUCAUUUCGUGACGAUAAUAUAUCUUUUGGGUGUAAAAUAAACUGCUAUUAAAUUUAAACUUAUUAAAUAGAAAAUAAGGAUUGAAUUCGAAGUAUAUUGUAUCUCUUUAUUAAACAUAUUUAAUCGCAUUGUGUAAAUUAUGCAUUAUUCUGUAUUAUUUUAAUUAAUUAUAACUAACUAUAUUGUACGACUCAAUCGGAAUUUCUUUAUGUUCUUAAAUAAUUAGUCAUAUAAUUAAUAGUAUUUUUCAGAUUUCUUUGUUUUUAUUUUGUUGUCACUAACGGAGUUUUUUGUAGACUAGAAAUAGAUAUGACAUUUUUGUGAAAAACAUGUAAACGCACUGUGAAUGAAAUAGUGAAACUGUCUCCGAAAUGUCUAAAUUUGUUGGAAUGAUGAUUUAUACGUAUAGAUAGUGUGCCAGUGAUGACUUACGGUACGCAGACGUGGUCGCUAACUAUGGUCCUUAUGAGAAAGCUCACGGUCGCUCAGAGGGCAAUGGAGAGGGCUAUGAUCGGAGUUUCCUCUUCGAGAUCGAAUCAGAAAUGAGGAGAUACGUAGGAGAACCAAAGUUACCGACAUCGCACAGAUGGCUGAAAUGGACUGCCAUUUGGGCAGGGCACAUAGUUCGACGGACAGAUGGCCGUUGGGUCAGUAAAGUCCUAGAAUGGAAACCACGUACCGGAAGACGCAGUGUUGGUAGGCCAACAAGAUGGACCGACGAUUACCAAGAUCGCCGGAAUACGUUGGAUGAGGGCAGCGCAGGACCGAUCGUCGUGGAACUCUUUGGGGGAGGCCUUUCUCCAGCAAUGGACAUCUUCCGGCUGAUGAUGAUGAUGACGUGAAGAUAGAGUGUGACAGCUGUGAACACGUCAAAAAUAAUAACGGCGAACGUAAUUCUAUUUUCAACGCACGCACUCUAUAUUAACAAUAUGGCUAACAAAUUGCGAGUGUAAGACGUAUCUUGUCACACGCACUAAAGUAAUAAACUUGGCCUGUUAUCAUGCGUCGCCUACCAGCAAGAGACUCUACCUAGACGUAUAAAUUAUUAUACAUUUAUUAAUUAUUAGUUUUAUUCGUCUCUUCAAUUUCUCUCAUAAGAAAGAUGGCGCCACAACUGGAGAGUUUAACAAAAAUAACAAUAUUUAUAGAUCAUGCGUCAUUCAGACGUUGAGCUGAGCGGUUAAAGCGUUGGAGGCGUUAGAGGCUAUUCAGACAUCCUUAAAUUUUGGUACAAAUUAAAUUUGUAUAUUACUUAUUGAUAAACGAGGAUCAGCAAGGAAAGAAACAAACCCCUUAGACUUAUAUAUACUAGCGUUUAGAUGACCUGACAGUACGAUAGUGAAUGCGUCAGCUAGCUUAAUAUUCAAGGAGCUAAAUACAAAUGUGGCUGACUGUUUACGACUUAUCAAUAAAUAUCGGUUACAAAUCAAAUCGAAAUCACUUUAUUCAUGUAGAUCACGGAAAUGACACUUAUGAAUGUCAAUUUUUUUUUUUAUUGAAUCUACUACAACUUCAUAAAGGGUUGAGCUAAUGAGAAGAAGUAGCAAGAAACUCAUUGUCAUUCUUUUAAAUCAUGAUUUACAUUUUCAUCGUUUUACAAAUCAUUUCAAUUACAAUAUAAUAUAACUUGUAAAGUAACAAUAGAUUUCUUUUUCUAUAUUCCUGCAUCUCCCUAAAAUGUGUUCCUCUCUCUCGCACACUUUGUCUCAUUAGCGUAUAGACACGCUAGUAUAUCGUAAGUAUACGGAAAACGCUUAUUCGCCAUUCCUUUUUUUUUAUUCGAAAGAAAAAUCAUGCCUGAUUUCUUGAGGCCAGCAAACAGUUAAUGAAGUUUUAAGUUUAUUGUUAAAAAAUGACUGAUGGUUCUUGUGAUGAAAUAAUUGCGUGAAAUAACUAUUUAAUAUUAAAUUAUGUUUUUAAACAUUUUAAUGUUUUGAGAUUUUUUACUUUAUAUUCACGGACUUGAAAAAAAUAAGGACUCCUUGUCACCCUACAUAACAGUGUACACCAAAACAAGCCGAUUAAAGUUUUAACACAUAGCCCCACGCACACACUUACACUACUACAGGCCGAUAGGCGGCCAUUAUGAAAAUUGUCAUCAUCUGUGACAGAUCAGUUUGCGUCUCAAUAAAAUAUUUUAAAAAUGCCAACGUGCGUUGUGAAAAAGUGUAAAAACGAUACUAUAUAAAUAUUUGUGGCCAUAUAUGAUUAUUUAAGGGAGAAAAAAUUGUGUAACUAGUAUCCCCCGUAACCGCACACACACUAGCAUAAAGGUGCUUCACUUGCUAAUAUCACGGCGCGGAGUCCUUCUUUUUUUACUCGUCCGUGUUUAUAUUAAAUAAAUAGUGAUACUAGAUUAAAGUUUUUGAUUAUAUUUAAUUCGUAGAUUAUUUAUUUGUUUAGACAAUAUUGUGAAUAGCGUAUAAUUCUUUGAUGUUUUACGAUUAAUAAACUUUCUUGAAAUUAUC